UUAGAUAGAUUUAGAAUUGAAUAUGAAAAACUUUAAAGAGCACUAAAAAAUUCAUAUGAAAAUGAAAAAAAAUUAUUGGCUAGAAUAAAAGAUUUAAAUGAUGAUAUUAUAUAACAUGCAGCAAAGCUUAAAAUAGCCUUUAAAUUGACAUAAGAAGAUACAAAUACAAUUUAGCUUCUUAAAAAUGAACUUGAAAAGGCUUAUAAAGUAUUAGAAACUUCAAAAGAAAGAGAAGAAAAAUCAAAAUCAAAAAUAGAAAAUUUAUAUACUGAAAUAAAGCAUUUAACCGCUCUUAAUGAAUAAUCAAAUAAUCCUAAUAUGUAUAAAAACGAUACUGCAGAAAAGCUUGCCUAAUAGCUUUAAUAAUAUAGAUAAGAGAGAAAUCAACUUUAGACUGACCUUUUAGAUUUAAAAAAUAAAGUUAACUUUUUUGUUGAUAAAUUAAAAUAAAUUGAAAAUGAAAAAAUUAUUAUUGAAGUAAAAAUGAGAGAAGAAAAAAAGCAAAGAGACGAGAUCAAAGAAAAAGUAGUAAAAGACGAAGAAAGAAGAAAAAAAAUCAAAGAAACUGAAGCUAAGUUAAAAGCUUAAUAGCAUUUGUACGAAGAAGUAAGAAAGCAUAAAAAUAAAUAUUCUAAGAAUUUAUCAGAAACUCAAGACGAAAUUGCUGAAAUCAAAAGGAGAUAUAAAAUAACAAAUCAUUAGAUUUCGUAAUUAAAGGAAGAAAUAGAUGCUAAAGAAAUUGCUUUGGCAAAAGAACAUUUUGAACAUAAAAAAAAAGAUAAAGCAAUUGAAGAGCAUGCUCAUAUUUUAGAAAAAAAUAAAAAAGAUAUUGAUGGAAUGUAGGAGGAAAUUAAAAAUUUUAAAGGUGAAAUUAACAAAUUAUAGUUUAUUAUUAAAGAAAGUGAAACAAAAAGAACCAAAUUAAAGGAGGAAUAUGAGGUUGUAGUAAGUGAAAGAGAUAUUUUAGGAACUUAACUUAUAAGAAGAAACGAUGAAUCGGCAUUACUCUACGAAUAAAUUAAAAUACAAUAAAACACUUUGGCUGAAGGAGAAUAAGCUUAUAGAGAAAGAGAAGGAGAUAUAUAGCUUUUAGAAUAUAAAAAAAAUGAUUUAGUAAGAUCACUUAGAAUCUUUAAAAGAUAAGUCGCUGAUAUUCCUGAAUUAAAAAACUAAAUUAAAAAUUAUAGAAAAGUAUUAAUUGAAGAAUAACUUAAAGUAAAAGCUUUAUCCUAAGAAUUGGAAAAUCCUAUGAACGAAACUAGGUGUAGAAAAUUAGAAGGAAAUGAUCCUGAUGUAUUUGAAAUGAGAGCUAAAUUAGUUACAUUAUAAAAAAGAUUAAUUAGUAAAACCGAAUAAGUUGUAGAAAAAGAAGUCCUCAUUUAAUAAAAAGAAAAAUAAAUUUAAGAAUUAAGAGAAAUUAUGUAAAAGUAACCUGGACCAGAAGAAGCUAAAAAAUUAUCUUCUCUAUAAUAAUCUUUAAAACAAAGGACAAGAUAAAUGAAAGCCUUGGCUGCAGAGUUAAAUAUAGAAAGUAACUAAAGAUUUAUAAGAAACUAAAAGAAAAUAUUAUGA